AUGUCUUCUGAAUUCCAAGAAGAAGAAGAGCCACCAGAAAUCAAAUAUAUCGAUUCAGUGGAAUUUCAGAAUCUCAGCAUCCCAAAUGAUGAUGCAGAGAUUGUUUUCCGGUGGAUAGACUGGUUUGAGACAGAAGAGGAAAAAUGGCAUCGACUUCUAACAAAAUUCACAACCCCACUAGCCGGUAGAAAUGGAUAUUGCUUCCGAAUCGUUGAAAAGUAUGCGAAAGCACUUCAUUACCAAGGAGCCGAAGCUGUUCAAACGAAAGGUGGCCUCCGAUUUCUAUCAAACGCUGCACCGAGAUCAGUCGGCACUUCUGGAAGUCUUCCGAUAAUUUUGAAUAAGUUUUCUGAAACAACGAGAGAAGUUAAUCUUGCUCAAUAUCUCGCUUCGGCUCUCUCCAUUAUUGGACAAGAUACAAAAGAAGGCCAUGUUAUUCAAAAAACCUUGUCACGAGAGCGUCUUGGCAGCGUCUACCUAUUUCUUCAUGGAUAUCGACAAGUUCUAGAGAACCUCCUAGCUAAUUAUCGACUUUUAAGAAACUUCCGUUACGGAGCGAAGAAACGAAAGGAUUAUCUGACGGAUCAUGUCAGGAAUAUCUACUUAGAAAGAGAUUCAUUCACACAAGUACCCGAAGCCAGCAGUCUCGCUCUGCAAAUGGUUCUAGAAGACUGGAAUUGUCCACUUCAAAACGAGAAAGUUGUUCAGCUAGCUCAUGCGAAUACUUUUCAAAUGAGAUCUCUACAAGUGAAAGGAGAUGGUUUCUACUUUCUUAACGAGGCACUCGUCUGUGCUCUCGCUCUGAACUAUCCAGAUUCACAAGAGGAAAUCGAAGGAUUCGAUACGAUUUUCACUCCACAUUCUACGAAUCCACGUGGCAAACAGUUAUUCCAAUUUUGGCGGAUGAUUUCGAAAUAUGAACGGAGUAGAGCUGCAAAUCCACAAGGAUUUCUAGUUACAGCUCAGAGAUUAGAGGAGGAGUGUAAAUCAGACGACAUUGGAGCUGGUUGCGCGGUUAUGAUUGAGACGGCUUGCAAGAUUCGGAAACAGUGUGAUCAGCAACAUGAGGAAAUCGCAAAAGUGAUCAACGACACAGUUACCCGUCACCCAUCCCUUGGUCCUCGUAUGAUGCAUCUAGCCGAGAAGUGUGAUGUUGGAUAUGAGAACGACGUGCUUCUACAACAAAUGUGUGAUCUUGAAUCUCGUAAAUGCCUUCAUCCCAGUGAGCCGACGUGGCUUCUUCAUGUAGAACGAAUCAUUCAACACGUCGGACGAUUCGGAUCAGUAAGAAAAACGAUGGAGAAGUCAUUGAAAAUCAUGUUUGAAUUUCUUGAUUUCGAUUCAAAUCGUUUCAACGAGAAGGCGUGGCUUCUCAUGGAGAAAGUUCUGGAAUUAUCGGAUCCUUCGUUCGUGUUGCCGGAGUGGAGAAUCAGAUGUGAUUGGUGGCUGAGAUAUCAUCGAGCAAAAGGAGCAAGAGAUAAGAGGAAAAUGGGAGAAAAGGCGGAAAAGACGAAGAUGGAAGUUCUGAAAGCGUUGGAAGACAUUGUAUUAAUGCCUACAAUCCGCUCGAAUCUCAGCAUCCCUCUAACCCAUCUGAAUCGAAUCGACGAUGUCCGUAUGGAGACGGACGACGUUGAGAAGAGAAGUGCGGCAGCGUUCCGCCCACUUUGCGUGAAAUGUGGUGUUUUUGGAGCACAAGAUGGAUCAGGAUACGCCGAAUUUGGAAACACAAGAGUCUUGGCGCAAAUUACGGGUCCCGAAGGAGACGGCAAAUGGGAAGAGGCGCAUGCAAAAGUGACGAUUACACUGAAAGGAGUAGAAAAUGAGACGAAAGUCGCCGAGUUGCGCGCUGACAUGACAUCUUCUCUGUCUGCAGUCAUUUUCGUCAAUAAAUAUCCUGGAAAAGUGAUUGAUAUCGAAGUGACCGUUCUCUCGGACGAUGGAGGUGUCCUGUCAACAGCUAUCACCGCUGUCACUCUCGCUUUGGCUCAUUCUGGAAUAGAACAUAUGGGAUUGACAGCUAGCGCUCAUGUGGCAUUAAAAUCAAACGGCGAUUAUAUCACCGACCCAAGCACAUCUGAAGCAGAGGACGCCAUCGGCGGAGUGACUUUCGCGUUCGUCCCAAAUCUCGGGCAAACAACAUGUGUAAAUCUAUACGGACGGAUUCCUCUGAAAGCCACGUCACCACUUCUGGAAUUCGCGAGACAACGAGCGAUUGCACUAGUUCCGGCGAUUCACAAAGCGGUGGUGAACAGUGUAAAGGAGAGAAAAUAA